GACUACAAUUCCCAAGAGGCUUGGGUUGAGGGUACAGCGCAUGCGUUCAUCCGGGGUAGCCGGGCUGCCUUCUGUCUCCUCCUGCUGCUGAUGCAAGAGCUGAGCGCGGCGGCGAGGCAGGCAGAGCCUAGAGCGCUUGUGUGACUGAGCGGAGGGACUAAUUGCCCGAGCGGUGUUGUCGGCCACCUAUACCGGAGACGAACCCUUCUGAGUUUCUGUCUUGAGGGCCGGGGAGAGCCGCAGACAUGUCAGGGGACGAGAUGAUUUUUGAUCCUACUAUGAGCAAGAAAAAGAAGAAGAAAAAGAAGCCCUUUAUGCUUGAUGAAGAAGGAGGUGAUGCACAAACAGAAGAAACACAGUUAUCAGAAACAAAAGAAGUGGAACCAGAACCAGUGGAAGACAAAGAUACAGAAGGUGAUGAAGAGGACAGUAGGAGAAAAGAUGCAUCAAAUGACUUAGAUGAUUUAACCUUCUUCAAUCAAAAGAAAAAGAAGAAGAAAACAAAAAAGAUAUUUGAUAUAGAUGAAGCAGAAGAGGUUAUAAAGGAUCUGAAAAUUGAGGGUGAUGUGCAAGAGGCGGUAGAACCAGAAGAUGACCUUGAUAUCAUGCUUGGGAAGAAGAAGAAAAAGAAGACGGUGAAGUUUCCAGAUGAGGAUGAAGUAUUGGACAAAGAUGAAGUGUUGGAGGACGAAGACAGCAAAAAAGAUGAUGGAAUCUCUUUUAGCUCUCAGUCAGGACCUGCAUGGGCAGGCUCAGAGAGGGACUACACGUAUGAUGAGUUGCUGAAUCGUGUAUUUAACAUUAUGCGGGAAAAAAAUCCAGAUAUGGUAGCUGGUGAAAAAAGAAAAUUUGUCAUGAAACCUCCCCAAGUUGUAAGAGUAGGAACCAAGAAAACAUCAUUUGUCAACUUCACAGAUAUCUGUAAACUAUUACAUCGUCAACCAAAGCAUCUCUUGGCUUUUUUGCUUGCAGAAUUGGGUACAAGUGGCUCAAUAGAUGGUAAUAACCAGCUUGUAAUCAAAGGAAGAUUCCAACAAAAACAGAUAGAAAAUGUCUUGAGAAGAUAUAUCAAGGAAUAUGUCACCUGUCACACGUGUCGGUCGCCAGACACAAUCUUGCAGAAGGACACCAGAUUAUAUUUUUUGCAGUGCGAGACCUGCCAUUCACGCUGCUCUGUCGCCAGCAUCAAAACUGGUUUCCAGGCUGUCACGGGCAAGAGAGCACAGCUCCGUGCCAAAGCUAACUAGUUGGUUGGUUGACACUGGAUUUUUGCAAAGUGAUCUGGGCACAAAAGGCUGGACAGGCUUACAACCUGAGUGGAUUUCCAAUGUAUUAAAACAAGAUUGUAAAAGCUGCUUGGCUUUGGGUUGGUCUGUGAAAUUCUUGCAAGAUGCAGAUCCUCAAGCUGUUGACAUUUGCUAACUGAAUAUUUUACCAACUGUCAAGUUGAGAUGAGAGAGGAGGUGCUUUUUAAUCUGUUCAUAGAAUUCUGUAAAAUGCAAGAGAAAUUAAAAGUUAUUAUAACAGUGA